AUAAAAAUAUGGCGUUUUAGCUGUCACUAUAUCAGCAGAUUUGAAUACCUGUUCCUAUUGAGUGUAAACUUGUCGCCUUUGUGAUCGAGUGCUUAUGCCAUUGUAAACAAUCUUUGUAUUGAAUGUGCAGUGAUUCAGGCCUCCUAUUUCUACGAAGUUUAUUGCUCCCGCUCCCAUGUAACGGACCUAUCGGCAUACUGUCACAGUGAUUUAUUGUUAGAUAGAAAAAGAUACAGUUACCAAAAUAAUGGCGGUACUUAGUCUAGUUUUUGUCUUGAACUGCUCUGUGAAUUCACGCAGCUGGUCACUGGCAUCGACUUAUCAUUGCAACUAGCUGUACAACCCAAUAAGCAAUUAGGCGCCAGUAAUGUUUUUACCUCCCACGAGAUCGGCUCCAAAUUUUCUCCUACUGGCAACACCAAGUUUGCCGAGCGGCGACGGAUAAGAACAAAUAUCUACUAAGAUAAGGGCUUCAAAAAGUCGCAUCCCACGCCAAGGCAGGCGCCCUUAUCGCCCUUAUCUGCUCUCCUCGUUCUGGGUGUCUGAGUAGGCUUUUGUUGAAUGGGCCUUUGUUUCAGUGAUAACUCAUUACACUGAAAACCACGUGCUUUGAGCAGAUCCUCUCAUGUGCCCACUUCUUGCAGGCAUGGAAAAUUGAUAUGUGGAGCUCGUAUUUUCUCACGUUUUUCUUUUCUCAACUACAUUUCUGCAUUUCUUAACAUGACUUCGAUGUCGAACAAGGCAAUUUACAUUUUUGCCUUGGCAUUCCUCAAGAUGGCUGGUUGUCAAGUGUGCCGGCCACAUUCCAUCGAAGCCUGCUAUGGAGCCAUUGCUAUGAGCCUUCUGCGUGACUUGGUGAAACCGCCGUUUGGAGAAAUUGAGCUGGAUGCCAGCAUGCAAACAAUCUGCGGAAAGCGUUUCCCCGGCGUGUCAAGAUGCCUAUCUCUUGUUAAUGACUGUCCAAAGGAGCGGAGAGAAAAUUUCACAAAUCUAGAGAACAUCUACCGUGGUUUUCACAACGCUGUCUGCACUCAGGACUCUUUUGAUGGUCUCCGUGGUCUGUGGGAUUGCCUCGAUCGGCCACGAAGAAAAAAAUGCGACAAGGACACGGACGACUUGUUGGGUGCCGGGGAAUAUUCUACGAGAUUACAUUGCCAGAUCGCUCGCAACUACAGCGUGUGUCUCGAAGAAGUGACGACAGACUGCCCUCCGAAAUUCGGUGAGGGCAAAAAAGCGUUGAAGAGGAUAGCUGAUGGAGCUGUGGAUACCUUGUGCUCGUCCUGGAGAGACCUCCAGACGAGAUCGUCAGAAGCGUCGCCUUCUGUUACAGGCAGCAAUGAACCAUUCUCAACUCCGCAAUUCAGUUCAAGUACAGCUGUUCAGGCUGUAGGCGUGAUGACGACACCUUCGUUGCAAGUGGAAGGAAACACUACAACGUCUAUGGAUCUCUUUGAAGGUCAACAUGUAUUUACAAUGCAACAGGGCGAUACAACAACGAUACAUUCACUGCUCAAUGGGUCAACAAAGAUGACAAGCGAGCUGCCACACGCGGCGGUAACGUCACAAAUUCCACGGAGAAUGACACUGCUUGGAACGCAUCCUUGUGCUUAGGCGGAGCAGAAACUUCUGGUAUAAAAUGCAAAGAUCCUAAAGUAGAUGAGCAAUCUCAACUUGUGCCGUCGUCAAGUGCAACGUCUGUGUUUUUCAUCUCUUCCAUGCAUUGUGCAUUUGUUUGCGCAUAUUUAUGGCUUACCCUACUAAAGCUAUGAAGCAGUUUACUGGCUCUAUUUAGAUUCCUCACUAGGGCCCAUGCAUUACAAGCUCAUGGUACAUCAGCACCAAUGCAUGCAAACAUCUGUGAAAGAAUACCCAUGGCUGCACGAACUUAGGAAAUUGCUGCGAUCCUGUAGGUGCAUUUGCGACGUGUGUGCUGAGUCACGAAACUCUGGAACUUGUACUUUGAACAGUAGGAUGGGAUCGCAAGCAAUUCCUUGCUGUACUUCAGACAGGAUGUGCAACCAUUUCUAAUAGGUAUUAUGGCUUCUGCCAAAAUUACCCAACCUAGCUUAUUUGACGAAAUAUGCGGCGCUGCAAGUUUUAUUGUGGCUUGCCUUUGAUGUAAACAUUCCAAUGCUAUGGUAUUUCGGCUACCUUAGUGCUCAUUUUAAGCCUAAGAACUGUAAUACUAUUUUACUUUUCUGAUCAUUACCAUGCUCCGGUCACCACUCCAACAAAAGUUCUAAUU